AUGAAUGUUUUGGGUGUUAGAAAAACACUGGAAGUGAAUAUUCUAAAUAUCGUGCGGCGACAGCGAUUUUCUAAUGCAUCUGCCAUUGAAGAUAAUGUAGAAAAGGUGCAGCCUCCUGAUGUUUUUGAAGUGGGUAGUGAGAAGGUUACUGUUAAACGUGACAAAUCUGGACUUCUGCAACAACAUAGGAAUAUUCUUCAUAAUAAAACACCAUACAAAGAGCCCCACUCAUGGAUACACCUAACAGAAAAAUACCAGAGAAAGGUUUUUGCCCGGUAUGGAUCCGAAAGUGGUGUAGACCCACGGAUAUGUUUUCCAAAUAAUUUUGACUUUAAGUUGCAGUGCAUUUAUGAGAAAGAAAUUGAACCAAAGUCAUUUUCUGACAUGGUUAUGAAAUCAAGGCAGGAAGAGCAAAAACAAGUCCAAGAAAUCAAAAGUCGCGAGGAAGCCAUUGCGCAAAAUAUGGAAAAACUUGAACAAUGGAAAAAAGAUUUGCAAAACAAAAUAUUGAAAAAAGAAGCAGAUGCUAUUGCAGCUAAACAGAGAAAAGAACGGCUAGUAGAAGAGGUGCGAAGGCACUUUGGAUAUAAAGUUGAUCCUCGCGAUGAAAGGUUCAAAGAAGUACUUGAACAGAAGGAACGAGAAGAGAAGAAGCUUCAAAGAGAAGCAAAGAGGCAAGCGAAAGAACAGAAACUCAUGGCGAAAUUGACUGGGAAUUCAGCAUAA